AUGGACAACGACUACGGCGAUGCCCACGACGCCGACCUCGCCGCUGCCCUCGAGGCCGCCGAACGCGCACAAGCCCGCCCCACAGCAGCCCCCGCACCCCCCGCACCUCCACAGCGGCCCGCCCCAGCUGUAGCCAACCCCCCAUACAGCAGCCCGUACCGCAGAAGCUACGACCCGCUGGGUCCUCAAUCAUCGUCAACACUCGACAGAAAGGAAACCCAAUCCUCACAUACAUAA